AUGAUCCUUGCUGCCAUUGCGGUGGCCUCCACUGUCUCAGCUUAUCAAUGUCCAUCGACCGUUGCAGUUAUUAAAGCUUGCGCGUCCAUCAAUGUUGCCCCUUUGGUGUGCACCAAUCCUAAAGUGAAUAUUGAGCCCUGUAACGAAAAGCAGUGCACCCAGACUUAUGUCAAUGAUUAUUCUGCUUGUCAAUGUCGCCGCAGCUCCACCGGCUUUUAUGAGAGCUCGGUUAAUGUUGAUGGUCUUCUCAGACGUUGCGGAGUGGCUGGGCUAAUAAACCCGUAUGGCGACCCAUCGCAAUACAGGCCUGGUCAAGGCACCCAGACCUUCUCCCGUUCCUCCACUACUGGGGGUGCGACCGCCACUUCGCGCACAGCCGAUCCCAGUGCCAGCCCUAGUGAGAGGAGUAUUCUUGAUCCCGUGAGGAACACAUCACAUCACAUUUCGAAAGGAGCAAUUGCUGGUAUUGUCCUUGGACUUUUGGCAGCUACGGCCUUGGCUGGACUUUUAGGUUGGUGCUGGAGAAAGAGGCGUCAUGAUCACAUGGCGGUCUAUAAUAGCUACCCGGCAGGCGCUGAAACCCGUGGACCAUCUCGUACAGUUGUGACCGAGAAAAUUGAGCCUAUUGUCGUCAAGACUUCUCCUGGCACUACUGGACCGACAACUGGUGGUUAUAAUACUGGUGCUACUACUUCUUCUGCCGCCCAUAAUCCAAUGAACACCACAGCCACCAAUAAUUACAACACCACAUCGACUCAUGCUCCACAUAACACAGGCGCUUACAACAGUUCAAAUGCAGCUCCUGCCGCUACUACCCAAGGCUACAGCACCCAGCCUCGUACCGGAUAAGCUUAUUUAAAAAAACUGUUACUCUUUUCAUAACCUUUUAUGCUUAUUUCCUAGUCACCUAUCUUCAUUAUGUGUUGUAAAAAAAAAGAUUGUCUAGUAUCUCAACAAUCUUUUCCCCCCACCAAGUAAUCAUAAUGAAGUAC